AUGGGGUUGAAGGUUGUGCGGGAGGGGAAGGGGGAGAGGACGCAGGGCGCAGUGGCGCUGUCCAGGUCGCGGAUGACGAUGUGGAUGAUCCGCGCUACGACGACCAUUCUGCUGUGGACGUGCGUCGUCCAGCUGGCGGCGCUCGGAGACAUGGUGGGCCCGAGGAUGCUCAAGGGCUGGCCCUCCUGCUUCACGCCGGCGGGUUCACCGGCGGGGGCGAGCUCCUUCCCCCCGGUGGCGGUCGAGAAGAUGGUUCUUCCCCCCAAAAGUGAGCUCAGCUUCUUCACGCUCCUGAUUGCGCGGAAUGUCCGUAGGGCUCGAGUUAAUCUCUUUCGAUCAGGAACUCAAAUGAACGGAAAGACGGGGCAGAAGAAAGAAGAAGUCUUGAUGGGCAGCACUCUCUCUACAUAAGAGUUCCAUAGAAUGCCAUUUUGUCUUCUAUCCUAAAUCCAUCUUAAGACGAAGAUGCGGAAUUGGCAUUGGAACCCAUCUGAAUUUAAGCCCUUUAAUUCGUUACAUUUUCUGAUUUCGGGAUCUUUCGUAAUCUUCAAACAGGAAUCUACAAGAACAACGGGUAUCUGAUGGUUUCCUGCAACGGUGGCCUGAACCAGAUGCGAUCAGCGGUAGGCGUUCUACCCAGCCUGUGUCUGUCUCCUCGGUUGGCUUCUCCUCGCCCAAAUCUUCUUCAACUACUCUGACGUGCCCUCCCCUCGAACCUCCUUGCAGAUCUGCGACAUGGUCACCAUUGCCAGAUAUCUGAACGUAACCCUCAUCGUUCCGGAGCUCGACAAAACUUCCUUCUGGGCCGACACCAGGUUGUUCUUCACCUUCAAUAUCCUUCCAUGGCGUCAGAAUUUGAUUCUCCUGUCGCUUUCUUUGACAAUUGAAGGAAUUUCUCUUCUUGGCAGUGAAUUCCAGGACCUGUUCGACGUCGACCACUUCAUCACCUCCCUGAGAGACGAGGUUCGGAUUCUGAAGGAGCUGCCUCCAAGGCUGAAGAGGCGGGCGGAGCUGGAGCCGGUGUUCACCAUGCCGCCCAUCAGCUGGUCACCCAUGAAGUAUUACCUCAACCAGGUCCCAAUUCCGCCCCUCCUCUCUAUUUCAGGCAAGUCACUGCCAUGGCUGGGAUGAGGGGGGUGAGUUGACUCACGGGGGUUCCCCUUUUCUUCUUCAUCUAGGUGCUCCCUCUGAUAAAGAAGCACAAGAUCCUGCACCUGAACAGGACUGAUGCCCGGCUUGCCAACAAUGGCCUGGCGCUUGAGAUACAGAGGCUUCGCUGCCGGGUCAACUAUAGUGCCCUGAGAUUCACCGCCCAGAUAGAGGAUCUGGCUGGAAGAGUCAUCAGAUUGCUGAAGAGAGGCGGGCCCUUUCUGGUCCUCCACCUCCGGUAUGAGAUGGAUAUGCUGGCCUUCUCAGGUUGCACUCAGGGUUGCACUGCCGAGGAGGCGGCGGAGCUGACCAGAAUGAGGUCUCUAGCCUUUGCUUAUCUUAGUUUAUUGAAUAAUCCAAGGCCCAAGGCCCUGUGCCAAGAAAAUUCCAGUUUCUAAUUGGCGUCCCCAACAUUUUCUCUCUCUAGAUAUGCAUACCCCUGGUGGAAGGAGAAGAUUGUGGAUUCUGACCAGAAGAGGAAAGACGGGCUCUGCCCCAUGACACCUGAGGAGACGGCUCUGGUGUUGAAGGCGCUGGAUAUCGACCCAAGUUACCAAAUUUACAUAGCUGCCGGGGAGAUCUAUGGAGGAGAGAAGAGGAUGGCAGCACUCGCUUCGGCUUACCCAAAACUGGUCAGCCCAUCGAAGAAAACUCCGGAUCCACCUAACUGCAUGCUCUUUGCUCUCUCUCGAGUUUGUGGGUGUUCUCUGACCAGAAUCGACUGUGUUGAGCAGGUGAGGAAAGAGACCUUGCUGGAGCCCUCGGAGCUGCAGUUUUUUCAGAACCAUUCGUCCCAGAUGGCUGCGUUGGAUUAUCUGGUCUCCCUCGAGAGUGAUAUCUUUGUCCCUACGUAUGAUGGCAACAUGGCCAAGGUCGUCGAAGGCCAUCGAAGGUGAAUAUAAUUUUCUAAAUUACUGUCACAAUCGGGGAAUUUUUCCCGCCAUAUUCAUUGGUUCCUCCAUCAAUAUCACGAUUCCGGUGAUGGGUUUUGCCUAUUGAGGCUCUUAUUUUAUAUUUGUUCCUAAUUAUUAUCGAUGACCAUCAAUCGUAAUUAUUGCUUGCUAGAUCAAAUCAGCGCAAUGGGUUUCUCCGAUUCGAGGUUUUUCUCUUGUAUGUUUCUGUAUUAUUUUCAAAAGCCAUGGAAGGUAAUAAUAAUAUUAAUAAUAAUAAUAAUAAUAAGCAAGAUUAUUGCAACAAUUCAGGACUUAUCUCGGUCAUAUUUACCGUUUCCCCCAAUGAUACUGACCUUUUGAGCAAUGGGUUUUGCUUAUUUAGGGCUCCUCUGUUGUUGUACUUUACUGAAUUACUAUCAAAGGUGAUAAUAUUAACCAAAAGUAUCACAAUAAUUAAGGAGUUAUUGCAGUCAUAUUUAAGAACUCCCCCAUCAAUAUGGAGCUUCAAAGUAAUGUGUUUUGGCAAUUUGGUCAUUUCCUCUAUUAUUUUUACCAAAUUAUCUCCCAUCUCCUCCUCCUCUUCCCCUGUUUUUUUUUCUUUUUUUUUUCGGUAUCCAAUUUUGACGGAUCUGAUCUUCAUAUUUGCCUUCUGCUUCAGGCAUCUGGGAUUCAAGAAGACGAUCUUGCUGAAUCGGCGGCUUCUCGUUGGGCUGAUCGACCGCUACGCCAGCGGCUCCCUGAGCUGGGAGGAGUUCUCCUCCUCAGUCAAGGCCGCCCACUCGAGCCGCAUGGGCAUGCCGACGAGGCGGCUGGUGAUCUCCGACAAGCCCAAGGAGGAGGACAACUUCUACUCCAAUCCCCAUGAAUGCCUCCAGAUGCCAAUCGACGUUGAGUUCCAGGCGGCAUGA